CACCAUCAGCAAAGACGACCCUGGGGUCGCCACGACAAUGAUAUGGCCGUUCGGAUCGCGGGACGCCGACAAGGAGAAGGAGCAGAAACUUAAAGAAGAGGCAAAACGGCAGCAUGUGUCAUGGACCGACUCGAUAAACCGCAUUCGAUCAGCACCUGUUGAUGCAGCUAGAGAAUGGGCGCCUGUUGUACUGUUCCCGCUCGCUGGCAUGGCAGCUCUACAAAUCUACGCAAAUUAUGUCCGCCGAAUACCCGGAUCAGCAUAUGUGCGCCCGAAUUUCUUUCGUAACCGAAGCAUCUUUGGCCGAGUUACCAGCGUCGGCGAUGGUGAUAACUUCCACCUCUUCCACACGCCUGGCGGUCGACUUUUGGGUUGGGGCUGGUUGAGAAAAGUUCCUGAAGCUCGCAAAGAGUUGAAAGACCGAACAAUUUCAAUUCGUAUUGCCGGCGUUGAUGCCCCAGAAUGUGCCCACUUCGGACGGCCAGCGCAACCGUUCUCGGCCGAAGCUCUCGCCUGGCUACGUAACUACAUCAGCAAACGCAACGUCCGCGCAUACGUCUACAGGCGAGAUCAGUACGAUCGAAUCGUCGCGACUGUGUAUACGCGGCGGUGGCUGUUUCGCAAGGACGUGGGUCUUGAGAUGAUAAAGGCCGGCAUGGCAACGACGUACGAAGCCAAGCAAGGGGCUGAGUUUGGCGGACGACAAAAAAUCUACGAAAGGGCUGAGGCGAAGGCGAAGCAGAAACGAAAGGGGAUGUGGUCUGGCAAGUCCAAGGAUUUCGAGAGCCCAAGAGCUUACAAGACGAAAUGGGCUGGCGUUAACCAAGAAAAAACCGGCACUUGAAGAUGCCGAGUAUGAAUUAUGAUAAUUCUAAAACCAUGGUUCGAUUCGGGUUGCGUAGCAUUUUAGACAUACCCAAAAAGCA